AUGAAGGUUGACUUGGUGGACUCAGCUCUGCAGAAAAAUACCAUAGUUUGUUUGAGCAGUUCUUCUGAAAAGCUAUUUAUAGCUCUUAUGGUAAUUAAAGAAUUGAGCACAGUGCUACGUAAACCAUUAUCAGAGGGGGGCAAACGCACCAUAUAUGUUGUCAAUUCAGAUGAUACAGCAGAAUUUCAAUGUCAGAUACUGUCCAGACAUACUAAUCUAAAGAUUGGUUAUUAUACAAUAGAUAAAGAUACAGAGAACUGGGCAAAAGAUAAAUGGCAAGAAGAAUUUACUUCUAAACAUGUUCUAGUCUUUACUGCAGAGGUCAUACUGGAUGUUUUAACUCAAAAUUCCCUUCCAUUACCUCAAAUCAAUAUGCUCAUAUUUGACGAUUGUCAUUUAGCUGUGGGUGAUCAUUCAUAUGUUCAAAUCAUGCAUAUGAUUGAAAAUGAGAAGGUGGAACCUCAUGUCAUAGGACUUACAGCAUCCAUUUUAGGUAGCCGAAUUCCAGAACCUCAUAAGCUCAAACAUACCAUAACAUCUCUAGAAAAUAUCUUUCAUUGUACAGCUGAGACAUCCAUGUUAGUCAUCUCAGAACGGUUUGACUCUAGACCUACAGAAUCAGUUUUACAAUGUUUUACUGAUCAGUCAGAUGAAGUAGUGCUCAAACUUAAUGACAUAAUAGAUUCAGCUUUAUUUUUUCUUUAUGAAUGUAACAUAUCACCUGAUACAGAGGAGGAACCUUUUAAGAAAGACCCUCGACAACUUGGCAUCAAUGUUCUCUCAGAAAUCAGAAAUAUUUUACAUCAGUUGGGAACAUGGUGUACAUCCCGUAUUGCUGAAAUUCUCAUCCCACAAAUUGAAAAAAAUGAAAAAAGUGAAUCUUGUGCUAUUAAUAAAAGAUUUAUUCGAUUUACUCUUACCCAGUUACGUUUAAUUGUCAAAGUUUUUGAAGCGAAUUUUAAUCCUGAUUAUGAUGUAGAAGAAUUGUUGAUGUAUUCCACACCCAAAGUACGGGAAUUGGUUCACAUGCUGAGAAAAUAUAAACCAGAUUGGGAUUUUAUGAUAAUCAGUAGUGACGAUUUAUCUGAUGAUGAAUUAUCUAAUUUGUCUGAUGAUAAUGAGGAUGCAGAUUCACUCAAUUUAUCAGAUUCAGAUUAUGAUGAAAAAGAUGAUCAUUCACCUAAAUUAAUCCAUGUAGCUGUGAAACGAUCAACUACGGAUGCAGACGGUCAAAUUAUUAGUAAUGGUGACAACACUGAUGCUAAACAACUCUGUGGUUUAGUUUUUGUUGAUCAACAAUACGUGGCUCUAGCUUUAAAUAAGUUUUUAGAGGAAGUAUGUAGUUGGGAUGAAAACAUGUGUUUUUUAAAAAGUCAGCAUAUUGUAGGGCAAGGGUAUAGAAGUGCUCCGAAUAAAGUGUCUAUAGGUAAAGUUUAUAGGAAACAAGAAGAAGUAUUAAGAAAGUUUCGAAUGCAGGAAUUAAAUUUAUUGAUAGCUACCAAAGUUUUAGAACAUGGUGUAGAUAUACCAAAAUGUAACUUAGUUGUUCGUUUCGAUCCUCCACGAGAUUAUAAAUCUUAUACAUUAUCUAAGGGUAGAGCUAGAGCUCGAGAUUCUGAUUAUGUUAUAUUAUUAAAUGAGGAAAAUGAAAAAUUAUUCAGUGAAGAUUUAAAACUAUUUAAAGAGAUAGAAGAGAUAUUAAUUGGUAAAGAGAAAGAAAAAGAUAUAGUAGAAGAAGACAGUAGUGACUAUUUAGAUAUAGUACCCAAAUAUUACCCCACUAAUCAUAAUAUCGAUGUUCAUGUUUCUUUGAAUAAUUCCAUAGCAUUAAUUAAUAGAUACUGUGCCAAGUUACCUAGUGAUGCCUUUACACAUCUUACACCUCAAUGUACUAUAUCAACUAUACAACAUGGUGAUAAUAUAUCAUAUAUUGGUCAUAUCAGAUUACCUAUUAACUCUCCUAUUAAACUUCAAAUUGAGGGUAUUGCAAUGCCAACCAAGAAACUUGCUCAAAAAGCUGCUGCUCAGAAGGCUUGUGAAAUGUUGCAUAAAACAGGUGAACUAGAUGAACAGUUACAACCAGUUGGUAAAGAAAUGUUUCUACAAGAACAACAAGAAGAAUGGGAUGAUGAAGAUGUAACAAGUCAAGGUCGACCUGGAACAACUAAACGUAAACAAUAUUAUUUCAAAAAGGUGGCUGAAGCUUUUGAUAAAAGUCAUCCAGACGUGAAUAAGAAAUGUUAUCUAUAUAUUAUCAAUAUGGUAUUAACUGGUCGUAUAACUGAAGAACAGAAUACUAGAGGGCGAAGUAUUUAUGCUCCAGAAGAAACCACCAGAUGUUUAGGUAUUUUAUCAUCUAAACAGAUUCCACAGGUUCCCAUGUUUCCUGUCUAUACCAGAUCAGGAGAAGUGACUGUAUCUGUAGAUUUAGUUCAAUCAGAUAUAACAUUAGAUAAUCAGCAACUUAAACAACUACAAGACUUCCAUUUAUUUUUAUUUACUCAAGUCCUACAUCUAGAUAAAGAUCCUAUGGAAUGUAAUGGUAGUUUAGCUGAUGUCGGUUAUUUAAUUGUUCCUGUUGAUCCUUCUUUGGAUGCUCUGGCUGAUAUAGAAUGGAGUUUUGUAGAAUAUGUAACUAGUAAUAAUUCAGAUCAAAAGAAGAAUGUUUUUGAUUCAAAACGUGAUAUAUUUAUGUUUGAUAAAGAGGCUUUUCUCGAUGCUGUUGUGAUGCCAUCAUAUCGUAAUAUAGAUCAACCUCAGAACUUUUAUGUAGCUGAAAUCCGCUAUGACCUUAGUCCUCUUAGUUCCUUCCCAUCACCCGAACUUUAUAAAACUUUUAAUGACUAUUACAGUACCAAAUAUGGUCUUGUGAUCACCAACACUGACCAGCCAUUAUUAGAUGUAGAUCAUACGUCUGCUCGGCUUAAUCUACUUACACCAAGAUAUAUGAAUCAAAAAGGCGUAGCCCUUCCUACCAGUAGUGCUGAAACCAAAAGAGCCAGACGUGAAAAUUUACAACAAAAACAAAUCUUGAUUCCAGAAUUAUGUGAUAUUCAUGUUUUUCCAGCCUCUCUGUGGAGAAAAGCUGCAUGUCUGCCUGCUAUAUUAUACAGAAUGAAUUAUUUAUUAUUAGCAGAAGAAAUAAGAUUAAGGAUUGCUCGUGAAACGGGAAUUGGUGUUAUUGACCUUCCAGAAGGUUUUAGGUUUCCUCAAUUAGAUUUUGGAUUUGAGACUAGUCCAGAUAAAAUUAAACUCAAUGAAAAAAGUGAUUCGUCUUCUGAUAGUGACUCAGGAAUUGCAUCAAGUGACUCAUGUUUAGUUCGAAGUGAAUCUGAUAUUGUGUCUAGUGCGUCUGAUGCUAGCAUAAAAUUAGAAGAUAAACUAGUAGAUGGUACACACACUAAUCAUGUUGAAAUUUUCAAUGAUACUAUGGAUGUAAUAAGUAAUAAACUUAUAGCAACUAAUAUUAACUCUGAAUCAAAUACUGACAAGCCAGAAGCCAGCAUUCCUAGUGAUUCUAGUGAUAAAACAGUGAUUGAUAUAAGUGACUCUAGUCCUGAUAAAGAUAGCUGUAAGCAAUGUCAAAAGAAUAUAUUACAAUAUCAAAACUGUUGUGAAUCAAAUGUCAAUGAUUUAAAAAAUCUUCAAGAUUGUGUUCAAAAUGCUGAUUCUGAUACAUUUGAUGUUGGUGUUUGGAACUCACCAGACGUCAAAAUAAUAGAGGGUGUAGCAGACGACAAAAACUUUUCAUUACCUGAAAUCUCCCUAGAUGAAGAUAGAGAUCUCGAUACCUUUGUGGGACCAAGUCCAUGUCUUAUUUUACAAGCCUUAACCAUGUCCAAUGCAAAUGAUUUUUUUAGUUUAGAAAGACUUGAAACCAUUGGUGAUUCAUUCCUGAAAUAUGCUAUAACUGUUUAUUUAUAUUGUUCUUAUCCUGGAAUACACGAGGGUAAAUUAAGUUAUUUACGUAGUAAACAAGUCAGUAAUUAUAAUCUAUAUCGACUGGGUCAGAAACGUGGUGUAGCUGAAUGUAUGGUAUCAUCUAAGUUUGAACCAUAUGAAAACUGGCUACCUCCAUGUUAUAUAGUCAAUGAAGACCGUAGACGUGGACCUGUUCCUAAAGUUUUGAUAGCUGGUACUAAAAAUGAUAAAGCAUCCAUUACCUCAAACUUUGUUCUAGAAGAAUCAAAACCCAGUAAAAACCAUUUUCCUAUUGGAACUUUCAACACUGGUGAAGGUAAAGUGAAUGAUUUUAAUCAAGAAUUAAAAGAAGCAGAAGAGUUAGAUGAACUAGAGAAAGCAAGUGAAGCUAAUCAACUAUUAAUACCAUAUAGCCUUCAAACACAACAUGGUAUACCAGAUAAAAGUGUGGCUGAUUGUUCAGAAGCUCUGAUUGGCUGUUAUUUAACUACUUGUGGCAAAAAAGCUGCUUUAAUGUUUAUGUCAUGGUUAGGAUUGAAAGUUUUACCAAAGAAAGAAAGAGUUGGGGAUUCUAUUAAAAAAGAGGGGCAAGAGGUAAGAACUUUAGACCAUGAAUAUGAAGAAUUAAGCUGUCCUGUAUCACCAUUAAUUACUGAUGAGAAUAGCAGUAGAAAGAAAUUAGAGAUGUUGUUAAAUGGUUAUGAUGAAUUUGAAGAAAGUAUAGAAUAUAAAUUUCAAGAUAGAUCCUAUUUAUUACAAGCUUUUACUCAUGCCUCUUAUCAUUAUAAUACUGUUACUGAUUGUUAUCAAAGAUUAGAAUUUCUUGGUGAUGCUAUAUUAGAUUAUGUUAUAACCAGACAUUUAUAUGAAGAUUCUCAGAAAUAUUCUCCUGGUAUUUUAACAGAUUUAAGAUCAGCUUUAGUUAAUAACAAUAUAUUCGCUGCAUUAGCUGUUAAAUGGAACUUUCAUCAAUAUUUUAAAGCCAUCUCCCCAGCAUUAUUUCAAGUGAUAGAGAAAUUUGUCACACGUCAGAAAGACAGAGAAGAUGAAAUAGAUAUUGAUGACGAGUUCAAUGAUAAAGAUGAAGAAGAUGAUGAUGAUGAUGAAGAAGUUGUAGAAAUGGAGAUACCUAAAGCUUUAGGAGAUAUAUUUGAAUCUGUAGCUGGUGCUAUAUAUUUAGACAGUGGAAUGUCAUUAGACGCUGUAUGGACUGUAUACUAUAGAUUAAUGAAACCACAAAUAGAGAAAUAUUUGAAAUGUAUACCCAAAUCUCCAGUACGAGAAUUAUUAGAGAUGGAACCUGAAACAGCUAAGUUUGAAAAACCGGAACGAACAAUGGAUGGUAAAAUUCGAGUAACAGUUAAUGUUGUAGGUAAAGGUGUUUUCAGUGGAAUUGGCAGAAAUUACAGAAUCGCCAAAAGUGCUGCUGCUAAAAAAGCAUUAAGAUGUAUGAAAACUAUGCAACAACAAGGGCUUAUAUAA